UGUUGAGCAAGGUGGUGUUCUUGUACAUGGAGGUCGUGUUGUUGUUGUGCAAGGUUGUGUUGUUGUUGUACAAGGUGGUGUUGUUGUUGUACAAGGUGGUUGUGUUGUUGUACAGGAUGGUGUUGUUGUUGUACAGGUUGGUGUUGUUGUUGUACAAGGUUCUGGUGUUGUUGUACAAGGUGGGGUUGUUGUUGUACAGGGUGGUUGUGUUGUUGUACAAAGCUCCGGUGUUGUUGUACAAGGUUCUGGUGUUGUUGUACAAGGUGGUGGAGUUGUGCAAGGUGAUUGCGUUGUUGUACAAGUUUCCGGUGUUGUUGUACAAGGUUCUGGUGUUGUUGUACAAGGUUCUUGUGUUGUUGUACAAGGUGGAGUUAUUGUUGUACAGGGUUCUGGUGUUGUUGUACAAGGCUCCGGUGUUGUUGUACAAGGUUCUGGUGUUGUUGUACAAGAUGGUGAAGUUGUGCAAAGUGGUUGCGUUGUUGUACAUGGUUCUGGUGUUGUUGUACAAGGCUCCGGUGUUGUUGUACAAGGUUCUGGUGUUGUUGUACAAGGUGGUGGAGUUGUGCAAGUUGGUUGCGUUGUUGUACAAGGUUCCGGUGUUGUUGUACAAGGUGGCUCUGUGCUGCAAGUAGGUGGU